CCCAGGUUGGCUUUGAGCUUGGGCCUUGCUAGUAGGGCUGGUCUAAUUACCCAAUAAUAACAAAAGGAUAAUUCGCCUGACAGUCCGAAGAAUUCAUCGCUUUCCAUUGUCUAGGGCUCAGUCCGAUCCGGCCCCCCAUUUCCCUCCAAUCUCUCUCCCUCUCUCUCUGCUAGACCACAGGGAAGGACUUAGGCAAGCAACCAUGCUCUCCGGGGAUAUACCUCCUAAUCAAACAAUAUACCUUAAGAAUCUCAAUGAGAAGGUCAAGAAAGAAGAACUUAAGAGAUCCCUUUAUGCGUUAUUCUCUCAAUAUGGAAGAAUUUUGGACGUUGUGGCCUUGAAGACACCAAGGCUUCGAGGACAAGCUUGGAUUGCAUUUAGUGAAGUGCCAGCUGCAAGUAAUGCCGUGCGGCAGAUGCAGAACUUUCCAUUUUAUGAUAAACCUAUGCGAAUUCAAUAUGCAAAGACAAAGUCAGAUUGUAUUGCUAAAGCAGAAGGAAGCUUUGUUCCCAGAGAAAAGAAAAAGAAGCAAGACGAAAAAGCUGAAAGGAAGCGACGUGCAGAGGAUGCACCACCAUCUGCUGUGCCUAAUGGCACAAGAGCUGAAAAUGGGGCUACAACAGCUCCAUUCCGCCAAGGAAAUACAAGUGCACAAGAAGCUGCAGCUCCAAAUAAUAUACUGUUCAUAGAGAAUUUGCCCCAUGAAACCACCAGUAUGAUGCUGGAACUGCUCUUCCAACAGUACCCAGGAUUUAGGGAAGUUCGAAUGAUUGAAGCAAAGCCAGGUAUUGCGUUUGUAGAAUUUGAAGAUGAUGUUCAGUCAUCCAUGGCUAUGCAAGCUCUUCAAGGCUUCAAAAUUACUCCUCAGAACCCAAUGGCCAUUACCUUUGCAAAGAAGUAACUGGUUUUUUCCGCCAGAUCAAGUUUUAUGUGAGUGAGUCCAUUUUUCAGGAAGAUGAAUAGUUGAAGUGUUUUACUAAUGCUGUAGUCGAGGAGAUCUUCUAGAAAUUUCACUAAAACUUUAUCCAAUGAAAGUGGGAAACCAAUAGGAUGCAAAGAGGAAAUGAAAGAAUGCUAUGUUGCGGUUUAAGGUUAAAAGAUAGCAAUGUAGUAUAUUUGUUUCAUCUGAUCAACUGAUUGUUUAAACAGUCCAAGUAUUUUUUUUUUCCUCAUUACAUAUUUAUGUUAAUUGCUAUACUAUGUGACUAGAUUGAAGCAUAUCUUGGUGGCUAAAAAGCAUCAUUUCCUCAUUCAAGUUUCAUAAUGCUCUGGACAAAUUAUUUUAUGGUGGUGUUUGGUUUAUCAGAAUGGAAUGGGAACUGUAAUAGAAUUAAAGAACAGUAAUAAUGGGAAUGAUAUUAUGAUGUUUUGUUUAUAUAUGGAAUGAACAUUGAUUGAAAUCAGAA